UGGCUUUAGAGACCUCCCAGCUCCUCCAUGGCCCUCACAAUGCUGAAUGGACUUCUUAUUGAGGACUCAAGCCCACCUACACUGCUGCACCAGAUCAGCAAGACUCCUCAGCUAGAUACCUUCACACACCAAAGCUGCUUCAUGCAGGACCUCUUUGCUCAUUUCCCUGAGGUCUUAUUUAUACACCGGACCUACAACCCAAGAGGCAAGGUAUUAUACACCUUCCUGGUAGAUGGACCCCGGGUACAGCUGGAGGGUCCUCUGGCCCGAGCAGUGUUCUUUGCUAUCCCUACCAAUGAAGAUGCCAAAGGCCUGGCCCAGAUGUUCCAGGUGUUCAAAAAGUUUAACCCAGCAUGGGAACGAGUCUGUACCAUCCUGGUAGAUCCUCACUUCCUGCUGCUGCCCACCCUGACCAUGGAGUUCCCCACUGCUGAGGUCUUGCUCUCAGCCUUCCACAUUUGUAAGUUCCUCCAGGGGAAAUUCUAUCAGCUCUCCCUGGAGAAGCAGGUCCAGAGCGUGCUUCUGUCCUCCCUGCAGAGCACGAUGUGCUCCGCCACAGCUGGCAACCUGAGGAAGCUCUACACACUCCUGAGCAACUGCAUCCCCUCCACCAGGCUGCCGGAGCUCCACUCACACUGGCUGCUCAACGACCGCAUCUGGCUGGCCCACCGCUGGAGAAGCCGAGCCCAGAGCACCCGAUACUUCCGGAGCCUAGAGAUCACAGCCCACCUCCUCAGUCAGUUUUUCGGCACCACCCCAUUUGAGAAACAAGGCAUGGCAUCUGUGUUCAGAUACAUGCAGCAGAACCCUUCUGACAAAGCAAGCCUCAACCUGGCUGUGAGUCCCAAGGACAGUCACACUCCUUCCGAUGCCAGCCUUGAAAGCCCCAGCACAGAGCAAGUAGUAGAAGCCCGGAUCCAGCACUCGCUCAAUGCCAUCUGCACAGGGCCAGCAGCCCAACUCUGCCUAGGCGAGCUUGCCGUGGUCCAGAAAUCCAUGCAUCUCAUUGGCUCUGGCUCAGAAAAAGUGAACAUUCAGAUUCUGGAAGAUACGCACAAUGUACAGCCCCAGCCCCCUGCCAGCUGCAGCUGCUACUUUAACCAAGCCUUCCACCUGCCCUGCCGCCACAUCCUAGCCAUGCUCAGUGCCCGACACCAGGUGCUCCAGCCUGACAUGCUGCAGGCUCAGUGGACCUCAGGCUGUGCCACCAGUCUAGACAGCAUCCUGGGAAGCAAGUGGAGUGCCACCCUGGAUAAGCACCUGGCGGUGACUCUCCUCACUGAGGAGGUAGGUCGGCUCUUGCAGCACUGUAGCAAGGAGGAAUUUGAGCGUCGCUAUAGCACCCUUCGGGAACUAGCCGACAGCUGGAUCGGCCCUUAUGAGCAGGUACAGCUCUAAUCACACGCACAGACCCAGUACUGGGGAUUGAACCCAGAGCAGUACAUAUGUUAGGCAGAUACUCUACCACUGCCUCUUUUUAUUUCUUAUUUUGAGACAGCCUCUCACCAGGUACCUCGGCUGGCCUGAAACUCACUACAUAGCCAAGACUGGCCUUGAACUCCUGAUCCUUUAUCUCCCAAGUGCUGACCACUGCCUCUUUUUAUUUCGAGGUACUCUCACUAGGUUGCCCAGACUAGUCUUGAACUCACUCUGUAGACAGGCUGGCUUUGAACUUGUGACCCUACUAACAGCCUCCUGAGUAAGUGGGAUUAUAGGCCUGUGUCACCAGGCCCAACUUCUGAUUCUGUUGAUGCCCUGAAAUGUUCGUGUACAUACGUACACUCACAUUCUCCCCUCCACACACACGGUUAUGCUCCCUUCCAGAAGUCGUCUGCUCUACUCCAGCCUUCUAUCUAGAAUGUGUCAAGCUCCGUAAAACAGAUGUCAGAAAAUGUUCCUGUUAAGGGCUCAGUAGUAAAUAUUGUGGGCGUUGAUGAUCCAAUACGGUCCCUGUUGUACAUUCUGGCUUCAGUUUUGACAACUUUUUUAUAAGAGAAAAUACAGCUCAAGGAAUUUCUGGAAACGAGAGAAGUGGGUAAUGAGGUUGAGGGUUCAGGGUUGGUAACCGCUGCCCCAGUCAUGUGAUUCACCUGAUGCUAGGCCUCAAGCCCUCCCACAAAGGAAGAGGCUGCUGCAGUGGCUCAGCCAGGCUUCCCAGUUCUUCCUGUCCCACCCCAGGAUCAAUAAAGUGACUGUUUUAUCCCCA